AUGAGGAAAAAGGGUUUCUUUGGGGGGUUUCGGUGUUGGGGAUUUAUGGACGAGGUGGAAGCAGCUAACAAAGCUGCCGUGGAAAGUUGUCAUAGAAUUUUAAAUCUGUUGGCUCAACCCCAAGAUCAUGUACAAUCGAAAAACCUGAUGUUACAAACAGGGGAAGCUGUUGUUAGAUUCAAGAAAGUUGUAUCUCUUCUUGACGAUGGUUUAGGUCAUUGUAGAGUGAGAAAAUUGAAGAAAACUCAAAACUUGAUCCCCCAAAACAUACUCCUAGACAGCACCCCAGUUCAAGAACCACUGAAACCCCUUCAAUUUCUUCUAACACCUCCUAAUCAAAGUCACCCAAUUCAGGAGAUCGGUUCAAACGGUGUGAAGAACACUCUUUCCUUAGUGAACCAUAAGCCAUCACUUGAAUUGAGCACCACUGGGAAAAACCCGAUUCAAAUUUCCCAACAGAACCCUAACCCUAAUUCUAAUUACCAAUUCCUGCAACACCAUCACCAUCACCAGCAACAGGCACAAUUACAGCUCAAACAGCAGGCUGAGAUGAUGUAUCGACGCAGCAAUAGUGGGAUAAAUUUGAAUUUUGAUAACGCCCCUACCAUUUCUUCUAAUAAGUCUUUUAUCUCUUCAUUAAGUAUGGAAGGGAGUGUGACUACUUUAGAUGGGAGUUCUUUCCAUUUGAUUGGGUCAUCUCGGUCAACCGAUCAAGCUACCUAUCAACACAAACCCAGGUGUUCUGCAAGGGGAGAUGAUGGAAGCACAAAAUGUGGGAGUUCUGGUAGAUGCCACUGCUCUAAAAAGAGGAAGCAUAGAGUUAAGAGGUCAAUCAAAGUUCCAGCUGUUAGCAACAAGCUUGCAGAUAUCCCCCCUGAUGAGUAUUCUUGGAGGAAAUAUGGCCAAAAGCCCAUCAAGGGUUCUCCGCAUCCCAGGGGCUACUAUAAAUGCAGCAGCAUGAGAGGUUGCCCAGCAAGAAAGCAUGUGGAAAGGUGUUUGGAUGAUUCAACAAUGCUUAUUGUCACCUAUGAAGGGGAGCACAACCAUACCAGGUUACCUUCCCAAUCUGCAAACACAUGAAAGGAUAUCUUUGAUGGAAAGCUCUCGAGCCCAGAGUUAUUUGUUGUCUGUUUAAUCUUUUCUUGAUCGCAUUGGGUUGCUCCCGUAUAUGUUUUUAGUGCGAUUUGGGGGAAAUAUAUAUGAAGGGAUGUGUCAAAUUGGACAAAUUUUCAUCUGGGGUGUGUUUGGUUUUUGUUCUUUUUAUCAACAACUUAGAGUAGACUUUUGUUUUGUGUUCUUUGUUGUGGUACAUUGUGCCUUUGGAUUGGCUAAAAUGAAACCCCUUUUGCUGGGCUGAAAGCCUGGAAUGAUUGGUUGUUUUGCGGGUUAGAGAAGUUAAAUAGUGGUUUUGUUAUUGUCAAAUGUAUGUCUUUGAAUUCCUGUGCUUGUGGUUCUUUAUAAUUAGCUUAGCACCAUAAGACUUCUUAUAGUAGAUAAUAACCACAAAUCGGAGAUGUAGAUUUGAUAGAAGCCAGUCGGUGCUUGUGGUGGUUUUGUAGAGUGGCAAUAAGGGUGGAUACUAUCAACUCCAGAAAAUGAAAUUCUACCGUGUGUUUGAAAUUGUAUGGAUGGUAUUAGAACGACCACAAUAGGAGAGUUUUUUAUGGGGUUUCUCAUGUAAAAGUUUUAAAUGAAAAAACUUUUAAAAAGCUCCACAAUAGGAGAGUUUCUCGUAUUGAUUGUUAUGGGUUAUUUAAAUUAGUUGAAAAC